GCUUGGGUAUCUUUAUAUUCAUGUACGCAGGUUAUUGAAAUAUGUCAUUAGAGGUUUUACCGCGCUGAUUACGUGUUUGACUCUCUCUCUGUAUGUAUGUGUGUGUGUGUGUGUGUGUGUGUGUGUGAGAGAGAGAGAGAGAGUGUGAGUGAGAGAAAGAGAGGUGUGCAUUUCCUUCACUCCCUCCGUACUCGUUCUCACUAUACACGUCGUCUCUGUGAUAUUUGCCAGCAGUGCACGCGUGCUCCGUUACCAAGACAAUCGCGGAUCACGAGGCUCGUCGUUCCGUCCCCGCGUCUCCCGUUACCGGAGUUUCGGGAAUGUCGAAUCCCAGGAAAGACUUUGACGUGAAACAGAUCUUGCGCAUCCGCUGGCGAUGGUUCGGCCACCCCACAUCUCCUCCAUCUCCCAGUAACCAGCCUUCGGGAGACAUCUUCAGCAGCGGUGGAAGCAGCCGGGGGACCGGAGGCUCCUCAUCCGGCGGUGAUCAGCCCUCUCUCGGCGGCUGCAGUAACUCCAACACCGUCGCCGGUGCUAGUUCGAGUAACGGCAACUCUUCCUCCAACAUAAACAACAAUCGAAAGUUUGGAGAUUCAUGUCCAAAUAGCGGGCACUCCGCAGCUGCCGCAGCAGCGGUGGUAGUUAGUGCCUCCUCGUGUCCUCGGUCCAUGAGCCAGCAGGAGUGCCGGAGCUCCCCGCCAGCGCCUUGGGUCUUCCCGGCACACUCGCGCUCCAGCGAGAGCUUGGAGCCGCCCGUGCAGCAGCAGAAGCAGAAGCAGCAGUCCACGCGUAUAAAAGACGCCCCUGCCUCUGGAGACGAGGAGAACAAUAAUAACGUGGAGUCUGACUCCAGCUCGUGCAGGACGUCUAAUAGCAGUGCGACUUUGUCCUCAUGUGCGUCCAUGGAGCCGUGUGUGUCAGAUGAACAUUUCCAGGCACACAGUCACGCGGAACACACCUUCAGACGCAUGGAGGCCUACCUGAGGACCAGGAAACUCUGUGACGUUGUCCUCCUCGCCGGAGAUCGCAGAAUACCAGCACACAGACUGGUUCUUUCCUCUGUGUCCGAUUACUUUGCGGCCAUGUUCACCAGUGAUGUACGAGAGGCAAAACAAGAGGAGAUCAAAAUGGAGGGUGUGGAUCCAGAUGCAUUAUGGGUCUUGGUACAGUAUGCUUACACAGGGCACUUGGAGUUGAGAGAGGACACAAUAGAGAGUUUGUUGUCAGCUGCCUGUCUUCUGCAGCUGUCUGCGGUGGUUCAGGCCUGCUGCAGUUAUCUAAUGAAACAACUCCAUCCCUCCAACUGUCUGGGCAUUCGAUCUUUUGCCGAUGCUCAGGGUUGCCUGGACCUCCAUAAGGUGGCACACAACUACACCAUGGAGCACUUCAUGGAGGUCAUGAGGCAUCAGGAGUUUCUGCUCUUGCCUGCUUGUGAGGUGGAAAAGCUUUUAGCUUCUGAUGACAUGAACGUUCCAGAAGAAGAAACCGUGGUAACAGCCCUGCUUAGCUGGGUCCGCCAUGAUGCUUCCUCCCGUCAAUCACAGCUUCCUGCUCUCCUCGCUCAUAUCCGCCUACCCCUGCUUAAACCACAGUUUUUAGCUGAUAUGGAGGCAAAUCCAUUGCUAAGGGACAGUGUGGAGUGUCAGCGGCUGGUGAUGGAGGCCAUGAAGUAUCAUUUGUUGCCUGAGAGAAGGCCGCUUCUCCAGAGCCCAAGGACACGUCCACGCAAGGCCACUGUUGGGGCACUUUUCGCUGUGGGUGGCAUGGAUGCCACAAAAGGGGCCACUAGUAUUGAGCAGUACUGUUUACGGAGGGACACAUGGCGGCAGGUGGCUGUCAUGAGUGGAAGAAGGCUGCAGUUCGGCGUUGCGGUUCUUGAAGACCGUCUGUAUGUGGUUGGGGGACGAGAUGGCCUCAAAACUCUCAACACAGUGGAGUGUUACAACCCCCGCAGCAAGAGCUGGAGCGUCAUGCCCCCCAUGUCCACGCACAGACACGGUCUAGGCGUUGCAGUCUUAGAAGGCCCCAUGUAUGCAGUGGGAGGUCAUGAUGGUUGGAGUUAUCUCAGCACGGUGGAACGCUGGGACCCUCAAGCUCGCCAGUGGAGCUUUGUUGCAUCCAUGGCAACACCUCGAAGCACUGUGGGAGUUGCAGUGUUAAACAGCAAGCUGUAUGCUGUGGGUGGUCGUGAUGGAAGUUCAUGUCUGAAAUCAGUGGAGUGUUUCGAUCCUCACACCAACAAAUGGAGCAGCUGUGCUCCCAUGUCUAAACGCAGAGGCGGUGUUGGUGUUGCGACAUGGAAUGGUUUCCUGUAUGCUAUCGGUGGCCAUGAUGCCCCAGCUUCAAGCUUAGCAUCUCGACUAUCAGACUGCGUCGAAAGGUAUGACCCAAAGACAGACAUGUGGACAGCAGUAGCUCCCAUGAGUCUCAGCAGAGAUGCUGUAGGGGUGUGUCUUCUGGGGGACCGUCUUUAUGCUGUCGGCGGUUAUGAUGGUCAGGUGUAUCUAAACACAGUGGAAGCUUACGACCCCCAAACCAAUGAGUGGACACAGGUCGCGCCGUUGUGUUUGGGUCGAGCCGGGGCUUGUGUGGUUGCGGUGAAGCUUUGAAAUGCCUCCCGCUGUCAAUCCUCUCCUGCAGUGCUCUGGUUGUAGUGUCCCCAGACAGAUCUGAGCAUCUGCUGACCAGAGUAGAGAAAAUCACUGACAUACAGCUGAAUACCCAACUGUGGUCUUCCUUUAUGCCUUCCAGUAUGUAUUUGUCUAUUAAAAGCAGUUUACUUUAUAGCUGUGCAAUCAAGACAUCAAGAGCAAGACUUCCUCCUGUCUGUCUCUGAUGAAUAGGGUUUAUUCAGUUUAAUAUCCCUAUGUUUAUCCAUUCGUCUAUCUCUGCAUAUCCCUACAUCCCUCAGUGUUUCAUGUUUUUUUUAUACACUGUCACAACCGUUUUAUAUAUGAACUACUGUUCAAAAGCUUGGUGUCAGUAAGGUUUUAUUAUUUCAUUUCUUUAAAAAAAAAAUAGAAAAAAUGUAUCAAGGUUUCACAAAAUAAUUUUAGCAGUUAUUCAACAUUUCAUUGAUAAUACAUGUUUUUUUUUCCAAAUGAGAAUAUGUGACCCUAGACCACAAAAUUUGUAGCAAAAUAGCCAACA